CCCCGAACAGCGCGCGGCCUCCAAAUAGCGUCGUGUCACCGGCCAUGGCCUGGCGCCUCGCCUCCUGUGGCGGCAUAUAUAAGCGGUGCAGCCCGCGGGGUCGUCAGUUCGCCCUCGGCGGAACCACAGCAACAUCAUGCACAUCUAUCGGACCUGCAGCGCGCUGCUGCUGGUCGGCCUGUGCCUCGCCGACGGCGGCGGCGGCCGCGGAGGCGGAGGAGGGGGCGGCUACGGCGCACCCAGGGGCGGCGGAGGACGACCCCAGGGACUCGGCGGAGAGGUUAGGGGAUUCGGUCUGUCCAACGGAGGAGGUGGUGGCGGCGGAUACAGCGGCGGCGGUGGUGGUGGAGGCGGACCGAGCCAGGGCUACGGAGCGCCUCAGGGAGGCGGCGGUGGUGGAGGCAGCUUCAACGGCGGAGGCGGUGUCUCCUCUGGAUAUGGCGCCCCUCAGGGAGGCAACGGAGGCAGCUUCAGCGGUGGAGGAAGCUUCAACGGUGGUGGCGGAGGCAGUGUCUCUUCUGGAUAUGGUGCCCCUCAGGGAGGCAGUGUCUCGUCUGGAUAUGGCGCCCCUCAGGGCGGCAACGGGGGAGGAAGCUUCAGCGGUGGUGGUGGAGGCAGUGUCUCCUCUGGAUAUGGCGCCCCUCAGGGAGGCAACGGAGGCAGCUUCAGCGGUGGAGGAAGCUUCAACGGUGGUGGCGGAGGCAGUGUCUCUUCUGGAUAUGGUGCCCCUCAGGGAGGCAGUGUCUCGUCUGGAUAUGGCGCCCCUCAGGGCGGCAACGGGGGAGGAAGCUUCAACGGUGGUGGUGGAGGCAGUGUCUCCUCUGGAUAUGGCGCCCCUCAGGGAGGAAGUGUCUCGUCUGGAUAUGGCGCCCCUCAGGGAGGCAACGGAGGCAGCUUCAACGGUGGUGGUGGAGGCAGUGUCUCCUCUGGAUAUGGCGCCCCUCAGGGCGGCAGUGUCUCGUCUGGAUAUGGCGCCCCUCAGGGCGGCAACGGGGGAGGAAGCUUUAGCGGUGGUGGUGGAGGCAGUGUCUCCUCUGGAUAUGGCGCCCCUCAGGGAGGCAACGGAGGCAGCUUUAACGGCGGUGGUAGCUUCAACGGUGGUGGUGGAGGCGGUGUCUCCUCUGGAUAUGGCGCUCCUCAGGGAGGCAGUGUCUCGUCUGGAUAUGGCGCCCCUCAGGGAGGAAACGGAGGCAGCUUCAACGGUGGUGGUGGGGGCGGUGUCUCCUCUGGAUAUGGCGCCCCUCAGGGAGGCAACGGCGGCAACGGCGGUGGAUACGGAGGCGGUCAAGGCGGCGGUGGUGGAGACUCUAAUGGUGGCUACUCUAAGCCCCGAUCUUACAGCAUCAUCGAAGCUCCCGCUCGUCAGCCCUUCCGGGGUGGCUCGUCGCAGUUCUCCAGCGGCAAAGGAAUCAGCGGAGGCACCAUCUCAACCCGCUCCUUCUCGGCUCCGCGCAUAGUCAAGGGCUCCUCAAAGUCAUCGGGUGGAGGCGGCGGCUACGGAGGAUCGUCUGGAGGUGGAUCCGGUGGAUCCUCGGGUGGCUACAGCGCCCCGUCUUCCCAGUCCUCUGGAGGCUACAGUGCCCCAUCAGCUCAGUCUUCUCAGCCUUCUGGAGGCUACAGCGCCCCGUCCCAGUCUUCUGGAGGUGGAAGCUUUAGUGCCCCGUCUUCUCAGCCCUCUGGAGGCUACAGCGCCCCGUCCCAGUCUUCUGGAGGUGGGGGCUUUGGCGGCCCGUCUCAGUUCUCUGGAGGCUACAGCGCUCCAUCUUCUCAGCCCUCGGGUGGCUACAACGCCCCGUCUCAGUCUUCUGGAGGUGGUGGCUACAGCGCCCCGUCCCAGUCUUCUGGAGGUGGGGGCUUUGGCGGCCCGUCUCAGCCCUCGGGGGGCUACAGCGCCCCGUCUUCUCAGUCUUCUGGAGGUGGUGGCUACAGCGCUGCGUCUUCUCAGUCUUCUGGAGGCUUCAGCACCCCGUCUCAGUCUUCUGGAGGUGGCGGCUACAGCGCCCCGUCUUCCCAGCCCUCGGGAGGCUACAGUGGCCCCUCGUCUUCAGGCGGCUUCAGCUCCUCCCAGUCCUCGGCUGGAGGAUACAGCUCUGGAUCUUCCGGUUCCUCCGGCGGAUUCAGCAGCGGUUCCGCUUCAAGCGCUGGUUAUGGCAAAUAAUUACUCCUCCUAUGCAGGGAUCACGAUUAACUGCUUGGGCCCAAUAAUCAUUCUUUCCACUCCUUUGGCCAUAAGUAGCACGUUGUGUCAUUCAUGAGUUGUGUGGAUGUUUUCAAUAUUUAUCAUAUAUUUAUGAAUGCUGUAUGAAUACGUGAAGGUGAUUUGAAAUAAAUCAAGUUACAAAGGCACAAGUAACAUUUUACAUUGUGUCUGUGUGACGUGUGUGUCGUUUUCGCAA